GAUCCUCAAACGCGACCCGUACCACAAGCGCAGCCUCACCGUCCAGAUCGGUUGCCUGAUGGAGCUCAAGGACUUCAACAAGCUAUUCUACGUGGCCCACAAGCUGGUGGACUUCUAUCCGGACGAUGCGAUAUCCUGGUACGCCGUCGGGUGCUAUUACGAUCUGAUCGGAAAGAGUGACCCCGCGCGACGGUACCUCUCCAAGGCAACCACGCUGGAUCGGCUGUACGGACCGGCAUGGCUUGCGUAUGGCCAUUCGUUUGCCAAGGAGAACGAACACGACCAAGCGAUGGCCGCGUACUUCAAGGCGACGCAGCUGAUGCGAGGCUGCCAUCUACCACUGCUCUACAUCGGAGUGGAGUGCGGCCUAACCAAGAAUCUGGAAAUGGCAGAAAAGUUCUUCUACCAAGCGAUGUCCAUAGCUCCGUUGGAUGUCUACGUGCUGCACGAGCUGGGGGUGAUCAAGUUCGAGUAUGAGCUGUAUGAAAGUGCGGAGGAAGUGUUCCGAACCACGCUGGAUAUGGUUCAGAGUAUGGCCAAGGCAAAUCGGGAACCGAUUUCCAUACGAUGGGAACCUUUGCUAAACAAUCUGGGUCACUGCUGUAGGAAGAAUAAGAAGUACGAAGAAGCGUUAGAGUUCCAUCGGAGAGCACUAUUCCUGAAACCUUUGAGUGCUUCCACCUACACGGCGAUCGGAUUCGUCCAGGCGUUGAUGGGCUGUCUGGACGAGGCGGUCGAGUCGUUCCACAAGAGUUUAUCGCUGAGGAGGGAUGACGUCUUUACGACGACGAUUCUCAAGUACGUAAUUGAAGACCUGGCUGAGGAGGCUCCCCUGCCGUUCUAUGGGGAAGGCGAUGAAGUCGAGCUGGAAGGCAAGGUGGAGGAGGAAGAUGAUGGAGAUGAUACGAGAGACGACGAAAUGGGUGAAGAUGGUACGAAAACAGGGGGAACACCCGGUGCGGAUGGAGUUCCUCCCCGGUUAAAGCUCAAGUUUGAUGAGUACGAUUCGAAUGCGUCGCCGGUGAGUGACACCAGUGUGGAUGACAUGAGUAUGGAUUUGUAAUCAAGUGUGAGUAUGUAUUGUGGAAUUAGCUUUUGCUGCGAAAA